UGUUUAUUUUGGUGAAUCACAUGGGUACAAUAUGAUAAGUUUAAACUUUGCCUUCAGCCAAGUCGUUAAUGUAUGUUUUGUUCAUUGUCUACUCUUAUUCAUAUGGGAUCCAAAGAGGAUUCAAACCAAGCCCUUUUUUUGUUUAUGAGAUGUUUUGGAAGGCAAAAUGACAUCAACUGAGGAUUUCAAGAGAACCAAGCCAGACCCACCCUCUUAUUUGAGUAAAGAACAUGUAGGGCUGUGGACAGCUUGGUGUGUAAAGGGUGACAGAGAAGUAGCAAGAGAAGCUGGUGCUAAAGGCAUUCAUGUAGAUCUAGUAGUCAAUUUCUUGUCCUUGCGUAGAAAUAUUAGGACUGAGGAAGCUGAAAAUUAUUUCAGAGAUGAAGUAUUCAAAUGGGUAAAAGAACUCUUAGAUCGUAAACAAAUAUUCAAAGUGUCUCAUGUCUUGAAAAACAUUGGAGUAGAUCCACAAGAAGAAUUAUCAAAAGUUUUUUUCACCACAACUAACACAGAAAUGAGGGAGUAUAUUGGAAACCAUUUGAAGUCACAGAAUAAACUAGAUGAUAAUUUACUUCAACUAUGGCAAUUUCUGGACUUGAUGCUGAAAAAUAAUCUGCUUGUUUCCAAGUAUAGACUGAGUGAAGAUAGCAUAGAGUGUUUGCAUAAACAAAAUCCCCAGUGGAAAGCUGAAAUAUCUGCUAAACUUUUUCUGAGAACACAAGACACCUUGUUAAUUAAUUUUCUUAAUGGUGAAGCCCUAUGGAAGCAACUUCUAGCUUAUAAUGACAUAAACUUACUGAAAACAUGGAUCAACUUGCAAUAUAGUGACCAGCAUUAUACUGACAUUUCUGAAAACCUGCUGAAAGCAUUCAAAUCUUAUUCUAUUUCAAAUGACAUGAUCAAUCAGCUGAAUACCUCUGUGAUAUCAACAAAUACUUCUAAUGUGAUCCUGAAUGAGCUUAGCAAAUUUGGGAUGUUUAGUGACAAAGAUUUAGGCAGUUUCUUGAAUAUUCUGCAGAGGAUAAGUCAGACUGAUAAUCUAAGGAAUAUUUUCAAACUGAUUAGGAAGACUACAUCAAAUAUAAGUGAAGAAAGAUUUUUAGAUUUGUUGGUUGAAUACUGCAUUUCUAAUGAUUUUCACACUGUGUUGAGUGCAUGUGUUGAAAAUUUUGAUGUUUUUGAAUUGAAUUCAAUCCACAAUACCAAUUUAGAACUGAUUUUGAAUUUUAGAAAAUUGACUCAUGAUUUCAGCAUUGAUAAUUUACUGGAAAAUAUUUUGAAUGUAUCUAAAUUUUUUUCUGAUGAUUUGGAGCAGUUUUUUCAAAAAAAUCCUCUGAUUCUAUUGGCACUGAUACAGUUCACCAAAGAUGUUGAAUUUGUUGAUAUUUUAGAAAAAUCUAGCUUCAGAGUAUCAGAUUUGGAGUUGACAAAAUCUAUUGCAAAUUUACCAAAGAAUUUAAGCAUGAUUGAUUGUGUUCUUAACAGAGAAACAAUAAUUGAAAAUAGCACACUGACAUUUUACCAUCUCCUUGAAAAACAUUACAAAGUAAAUGUGAAAAAAAUGUUUGCUUUUCGUUUUGAAAAUUCCCCCUUACCAAACUUCAACACUUCAGAAUUAGUUGAAAAAUAUGGCUACUUGAAAAAAGUCAAUUACCUUUUUUAUGUCAAACAAUUCAGACCAAGCAUAGCUGCUAAAAUGUACUUAUUAUAUCAAUACAAGAAACAUGGCUGCAUCCCAGAACUAAGCAUCAAACAUGUAAAGAUGAAAAUUUUCAGGAUUGCACUAAAAAACUUCACAAGCCUAGAAUUAACUUCCAGUUGUGUGGCAUUUUUAGAAAUGAUUGGUUUGGAUGCAAACUUUCUUAAAACAGCUAUAGACGGCGCCACUAAAAUUCACGAGUAUGAAGCUGAUUUUGAAAAUGUCAGGGAAAUAUUCUUGAACAUUGAAAAUGACCCCAACACGAUUUUAAACAAACUAGAAUACAUUGUUCUUGAAAAAAUAGAUUUUGAAAGAUUCACAGAAGGUGUUUACUUUGUUGAAUCUUUGAAACUGUAUGACACUGUUGUAAACUUCACAAUUUCUUACAACCUGAGACUACCCGAGCUGUUUUUGAGAUCCUGUGCUGCUAAAAACAUGUGGCUGCCUUUUCUAACUUUCAGUCAACUCAAAAAUUAUCCUGUGGACCAGCUCAAGCCCUUGGUGCAGUCUUUCAAAAACCCCAGCUUGCUGGAGCACGUUUAUCACAGUGUUUGCCAUGAUAUCCUCAUCGAUGACCAAAACGUCUUUAUGCGGGAUUCCCGCACGACUUAUCUGUCGAGGAUAGGAGUGAGAAAGAGCGCAGACAAUUUGGUUUCUAGUGGCUCGAUUUAUUCUAGUUAUGCUUCUGCUUCGAGCUACGGCAGUAAUGCAAGUUCUUCUGGCAGCGAUUUCCUCGAGAUUGAUAUUAAUAAUACCAAAACUACGUUGCUGCAGACGCUGAUCAGGUGCCACAACAGCACUGAUCCUCCUAGGGCUUUGCUGCAGGCCUGCCAGUUGUACAGAAAUCCUUUGUUGGCUAUUUUUGCUACUAGUUAUGAGCCUGAUUCUGUGAUAACGAAUUGGUUAACUUCGCUAGCAGUUUCAUCAGAAUUAUACGAGACUUUCACAAAUUUCGAGUCUAUAGCCAUUUGUGGACAAUCUGUAGCCACUUUCUUGGAAAACUGUAUGAAACAUAGGUUCCCGAAAACGCUGUUGAGGAGCUUUAAAAUCUUCUUACCGUCCAAUCCGCUGAGACACUUCUUAGCUUUCCUGAACUACUGCAUUGACAAAAAUUUCGACAAAAAACUGCUCACAACAAAACUGGCAGCAUUCAAAACGUCCCUACAAAAAUGCCGCAGAUACAGCGUCCUCUCAGACACCGACCACGAAAUGACUUAUUUAAACAACAAAGUCUGGAUAGAAACCACAGCCUUACGUCUACUAUCCUCCACCAUAGAAUUCAAUGUCCCUUCUUUAUACGAGCAAAUUAAGUUGCUACAAGAGCUCUGUACGCUCAAUAUGCAAGAGUUUAUCGGUUGUCCCGAUCUGGAAAAGCUACUGGACAUACUGAGGAUAGUGCACGACUCAAAAAGUGAGGUUAGGUUCAGCAUAAAUUCGAUUUUCGACGAGAACAGCGCCAGGCAAGCUGUGGUGGACUGCAUGAACGGUUUAUUGGAAGAAUCUAUGUUUGAACAUGCGCUCAAAAUUGCCAAAAUCGAGGGUUUACCCUUGGAUUUGAUACUAGUCAAAAGAUGGCACAAGAAUUUCGAAAGCCGGACCGAGGGCGACACAGAUUUCUGGACCGAAUCGAACAAACACUUCCAGGAACACAACAUCACGGCUGAUUGCGUCAUAGAGUUCUACUUGAGCUACAUCGACCGAGUGCAAAGCAACCUAGAAGAGUACUUGUUGCUGAAGCUAGCCUACGAUUGGUCGAGAAAAUUCGAGCUGUCCACCAAAUACGAUCUGGAACGUCGAAAAUGGCUAGCUUACGCCACUUUGGAGGAGAAAUCCCGCGUUGAUGACGUCAUCACCGAGGAACACCCGCAGAACGUAUCGUUCAAGGAAAUGUGCGACAUGAUAAAAACCAUCGGCGAUUCGGACGCCGAUCUGCCCGUGGAGUGCGUCGUCUCACUCAAAAACACCCUGUGUGAGGCCUUGGAUAGGGGAAACGUUUGGUUGGCCCUCAAGCUGGAGAAAAUGUUUGGGGUGACGGACUCGAACCUGGAUAUUUUGAAGUUAUGCUACAGUUUGGCGGAAGGGCUGGUUUUGCCCUAUCAGCUGAGUGCAGAACAGAGGUUGAUCGUUAACAAGGGCACACAUUUUAGGGGGUUCAGUCACAGGAGGAUGAUGUCCAAUAGAUUUCCGAGUAUGAGUUCUACAGCUUCUCAUUCAUCCGCCUGUAUAUCUUAUCUUCAACCGAGCGAUAAUAGCGAAGCUCCAGUACAAGAUACUCUAGCCAUACUUUGCAAUUUAGCUGAAAAAGUGACAGUCGGUUCUACGAUAGCCAAGGCUAUCUUCAUGACUUACCGUAUAAGCAUCAACAUCGAGAUACCGUAUCAUUUGAUAGUUUCCAACUGGGAUUCGAUGAAAAUGUUGAAGGAUGCUCUUGGAGACGAUUGCUUGAACAAACUAGAGGUCGUCCAUGACUUUUUUGGGGUCUACAAGUGGUCCAAAGAACAGAUGGCCGACUUCAUUUGCGAAGAAAUCAUAACCUCAGCCACCAAAUACAUAAAAUCCAAAUCCGACACCUUCACAAUGUGGGACCUAUCCAUCGACCAAGACUUCCACUCGAUUUUACAACUCCUACAAGACAACUGUUCCCUAUUGGGCUACAAAAUCUACUCCUACGCAAGCGCUAUGCACAAAUCCCAAGUGCUAGCCGACUUAGACUUCCGAAUAAGCGAGAUAGCGCUAGUCAUAGAGCUCCUGAUAACGGCUCACGAGUGCUUCACAGCCGACUGCAACAUGGAAGGCAUCUCGAUCGUCCUGAAGAAAUGUCAAGCUGUCAUUUCGCACCUGUUGAACCUGCGCAGCUGGAAACUGAUCGUCAGACUUUUGACAGGCGUGGGGCGGUACACGGAGAUGAAUUACGCUUUCCAGAUUCUGCGCGAGAACGACCAGUUCGAGUUUUUGCUGCGCAAGGGCUCGAGGAGGGACAAUGGACUCAAGACGGCCCUGUUGGAGUACUUGAAGAAGUACUGCCCUGAUAAUAGGGAGCUUUAUAAGAUUGUGGCGCUGCAUUUCACGUUGUUUUCUGAGGUGGCUUUGUUGUGGGAGAGAGAAGCACAAGGGGCUAUAAGGAAUUUGAUAGAGAUUUCUAGGUUGGAGAUGCAAAACAACAAGAUGAAUCCCGAUAGCGAACCUUAUGUUUUGUUCACUAACACCGAUGGCACCAAGAUUUGUCUCAACAAGGCGAUCGAGAAUUACACUUACGCCACUGAAUUUCACUUGCAAGGAGAAAAGUUGGCCAAAGCGAUGAAUUCUGCCAAACAGGCAGAGCUGAUCGCUUUGCAGAAGUCAUUGCUGAAAGGCUCGCCCAAUAAUGGGACGGCAUUGUGUUUGCUGAAUUUAAAUCAGGGGCAAAUAUCUAGAUUGAUUUCCAAUGAAUUGAGUUUUGAUCAAUCCUUGAUCCUGAUACAAGCCUACAACUACCAACCUGAUUGGAGCCAAGUGCUGUUCGAGCAAUGCAUCACGAAAAACAACGCUGCAUACCUAACCUCAUUCUUGAAACAUCGCUCGAUGACCGAAAGUCUGGCGAACGAUAUCUCCAGGAAAUUCCUGAUCGCCAAUAUCAAUACUACUAACGAAAUCAAUAGCAUGAAGGGGAUUCUGGAAAAGGUACCGAGUGUUCACGCGAAAUACAGGUUAGCCAGCGAGCUGGGGUUCACUGAUAUUGUCGAGGGGUUGUUGCAAGGGGGCCAGUUGGCUUAUUUGAAGGAUACUGUUUGGAAAAAGGGGUACAAGAGCUGAUUUUUCUCGUCGAGGUUUUGUGCAUGGGUUUGUUAUGUAUGUUGGCAGACUAUAAAGUAUUUAACUUUGUUUUUGAUUGUUUUUAAAUUUGAAUGUCUAUGCAUAUAAAAUUGUUUUUCGGAGAUAAAGAUGUCAUCACAU